UCGUUGUUAAUCAAGGAAAACAAUAAUGAUUUUUGAAGUUCCUCUUCUGAUUCUUUGAAGAAAAACCACUCAGAUUUCGCCAUCUUUUACUUUCAAAAUGGCAAUUCUCUCUUUCUUCACCAGAGCUUCAAGGGCUUUCAAUGGCUACCCUGCUUCCUCUAAGCUUUUGCUUCUCUGUACUCUCAGUCUCAGUGGUGGAGGUGUUGUAGCUUACUCGGAAUCGCAAGCAGAUGUUAUCAAAACGAGUGUUCAAGUGAAUGAAAAAGACAGCAAGAAAAAGAGAGUGGUGGUUCUCGGGACCGGAUGGGCCGGCAUUAGUUUCCUUAAGGAUCUUGAUGUUUCGGCUUACGAUGUUCAGGUUGUUUCACCCCGGAAUUAUUUCGCGUUCACCCCGUUGUUGCCUAGUGUCACCUGUGGGACUGUUGAAGCACGGAGCAUUGUAGAGCCUGUCCGAAACAUGAUUAAGAAGAGAAAUGGAGAAAUACGGUUUUGGGAAGCCGAAUGUAUGAAGAUUGAUGAUGCAAACAAGAAACUUUUGUGCCGUCAUACCAGUGAAAAUAACUUGGUGGGAAACGACGAAUUCUCGUUGGAUUAUGAUUAUUUAGUUAUAGCUGUGGGAGCACAAGUAAACACAUUUAACACCCCAGGUGUCCUUGAGAACUGCCACUUCCUGAAGGAAGUUGAGGAUGCACAGAAGAUACGCAGGAGUGUUAUCGACUGUUUUGAAAAGGCUGUUCUUCCUGGCUUAACCGAAGAAGAACGAAGGAUAAACCUUCAUUUUGUAAUUGUCGGAGGGGGACCUACUGGUGUGGAGUUUGCAGCAGAGUUGCAUGACUUUGUUAAGGAGGAUUUGGUCAACUUAUAUCCUUCAGUUAAAGAUUUAGUGAAAAUAACAGUGGUUCAAUCAGGGGACCAUAUUCUGAACAUGUUUGAUGAACGAAUAAGUUGUUUUGCUGAGCAGAAAUUUAGCAGAGAUGGUAUUGAUGUUCAAACCGGAUGUCGUGUUAUUAGCCUUUCCGAUAAGGAAAUCACUAUGAAGAUCAAGUCAACAGGAGAGGUUUGUUCUGUACCCCAUGGAUUGGUUGUUUGGUCUACUGGUGUUGAGACUCGACCUGUCGUGAAGGACUUCAUGGCCCAAAUCGGGCAGGCUAAUAGACGCGUUCUAGCAACCGAUGAAUGGUUGAGAGUAAAAGGAAGUGAAAAUGUGUAUGCCCUUGGUGAUUGUGCCACUAUAAAUCAGCGUAAAGUCAUGGAAGAUAUCUCUGCCAUAUUCAAGGCUGCAGACAAAGAUAACUCUGGUUUCUUAACUAUUAAAGAAUUCGAAGACGUUGUAGAUGAUAUCCUUGAACGGUAUCCUCAAGUGAAACACUAUUUGAGGAGCAAGCAAAUGAGGGAUGUAACCGAUCUGUUAAAAGAUCCCGAGGGGAACAAAAGAGAUGAAGUUGACAUCGAAGGGUUUAAGUUAGCCCUUGUUCACGCUGAUACACAAUUGAAAAAUCUGCCUGCAACAGCUCAGGUUGCGGCACAACAAGGUGAAUAUCUUUCUAAAUGCUUCAACCGCAAGUAUCUGAGUGAAGAUAAUCCCGAAGGGCCACGGCGUUUCAGAGGGUCCGGUCGACAUCAAUUCCGUCCAUUUCAAUACAAACACUUUGGGCAAUUUGCUCCUUUAGGAGGGGAGCAAGCAGCUGCUGAGCUUCCUGGGGACUGGGUUUCCAUGGGUCAUAGCACACAGUGGCUCUGGUAUUCUGUUUAUGCAAGCAAACAAGUGAGCUGGCGUACUCGGGUGUUGGUGGUAUCCGAUUGGACUCGAAGAUUCAUUUUCGGAAGAGAUUCAAGCCGCAUUUGAGGCAGCAACAUGAGUGAACCUUGUCAUAAUAAGCUGGGGGGGGGGACUUUUGUCACUCACCAACGUUAGUUAUUCAUUCGUAUGGUGUUUGUGUUUGCAUCGGCAUCGGUUGUAUACGAGUAUUACGAGUCGUGUGGACGUAUGUAGGCUUUUAAUCUUUUCACUGUGCUCUUUCCCUGUUUUGGUGUGUACUGGUCCUUUUUUCCCUAUAAUACCUAUGAAGAAAACAAAUGGGGUUGUGCAAUGAAAACUUAUAUUCGAUA